UCUGACACAUGCUUUAAAAGAAUAAAAUCUCGUGAAGUAACAGAAUAAAGUAAUUUAAUUUCAUAUGCUUGAAUAAAACAUGCUUAUUUAAAAAUGAAGAUAUCAAUAGGCGACGUUGUUUUACCGGGGGAUUAUUGUGAGGAAAUUUCCGAAGUUGCAGAAAAGUCCAAAGUAAUUAUCGGACCUGGGCUUCGUAAAGAGGUAGAUCGUGUUUACAUUACUAAACCCGGUGUUUUAAAGAAACGAAGUCCUUGUACUUUUUGGGUAGAUAGUUAUCAGAAGAGGUAUGUUCCUUCCAGGGGAGAAAACGUAAUAGGCGUUGUGGUUCAAAAGUCAGGUGAUAUAUUCCGUGUUGAAGUCGGUGGCAGCAUAACCGCUGCCUUAUCCUACUUAUCAUUUGAAGGAGCAACAAAAAAAAAUCGACCUGAGGUUCAAGUUGGAGAUGUGGUAUAUGCUAAAAUGUUAGUGGCUAGUAAAGAUAUGGAACCAGAGCUAGUAUGUGUUGAUUCUCACGGAAAGAAAGGUAGACUGGGUGUUCUCUCUGAAGGAUUCGUAUUUAAAUGUUCAUUGAAUUUAAUAAGAAAGAUAUUAAAUCCCAACUGCCCACUCCUUGAUACUCUAAAGAAUGAGUGGCCAUUUGAAGUUGCUGCAGGUAUGAAUGGUAGAAUUUGGAUAAAGGCUAACUCUAUGAGAGAAACAAUAGCUGUUGGUAAUGCUAUUUUAGGAGCUGAAUAUCUGAAUGAUGAAGAAAUCAGAAACAUGUGCAACAAUAUAGCUGCCAUAUUGGCUGGUCAUGUGUCAUAGACUUAUGUAUGUAUUUUUAAUAAAGAUAUUUGAGUGUUUAUCUUUUCUA